GUUUUUGGGUCGGACCGAGUUUGGAGCGGGUUUACACACUUUAUUCAUGUUUUACGAAAAAAAACCCAAACAAACAUUUAUAGAAACAUGAAAAAUUAAAAAAUGAAUAAACGGACUCGUCUUUAAGGCGUUCACUGAACACGUGACCAAACAUUGAACCAAUGAGGAGCCGAAGAGCGAAAGGGAGCAACAUUUAACAGGAUGGACCUGCCGUUUCUCCUCCACCACCUCUGUCUCUCCUCCUCCUCUUCAGACGAGCCCCGCCCCUCUCCUCCUCUUCCUCCAAUCACAGAGCUCCUGUCUGGGCUUCGGCAGCAGCUGAUUGGUGCAUCGUCCUCAGAGUCGGAGACGAGCCCGCUGAUUGGACAACUGGAGCAGGUCUUUGGGGAGGCGGAUCCUCAUUGGCUGUUCACCCCUCCGACCUCGUCCAGUCAGGAGGAGGAAGGGGGGGUCGAGCGGUGGGCGGAGCUUGUCUCUGUGUACAUGGGGCUGACGGAGGCUCUGAUUGGCUGCGCCGCUCUGCCGCUCUGGAAAGACGACACCAGCCCUCCGUCUGAAUUGGCCUAUCAGAACGUCCCGGUGAGGGCAGAGCCUGUAUGCUCCGCCCUCACCACCCUGCUGGGAACUCUGGGAAACUGGGAGGAGAAGGGCGGGGUCAGAGGAGCAGGGGGCGGGGCCAGAGGGCUGCUGCUCAGUGUGGCUCCGCAGGUGUGUGUGUUCGCCAUCACACACGUCCAGCCUCAGGCCUGGACCUCCUCCUCAUCCAGAGCUGCAGCUCGCCGUCUGCAGGUGGCGCUUCUGAGGGCGGGGCCCUGGAGAGACUCCGCCCAUAUGCUAAUGGCGGACGGGGGAGGAGGCGGAGCCGUGGGCAUUCUGGGCGGCGUCUUGGACGUUCUGCAGCCUCAGCUCAACAGGGACCAAUGGUGGCGCUGCGACGGCGUGCGGCUGGUCUUCACCUGGACGCUGCUGCAGGUGACCCGCCCCUCUGUCUCCGCCCACCUGCCCCGCCUCCUCCCGCCCUCCCUCCUGCUCACAGACCACUACAGACCAGAGAACUGCAUGCUGGGAGUCGGCUGUCUGCAUCACAUCGUCCUCAAUGUGGCUCCUGCUGACCUGCGUCAGUUCAACAGGGCGGAGGUUUUGUAUCAGGCUUUAUUCCGACACCUUUACUCCACGGACGCUGUCGUCGUCAAGGUCAUCCUGGCGUGUUUGUUCGACCUCCUGUUGGUUUUGGAGAAACCACCUUCCUCACUUGGCCCCGCCUCCUCCUCGCUUAGCCCCGCCUCCUCCUCCCGCAGGAAGCCCUGUCGCCACGAUGACGUCAUACGUCUAGUUCUGACACACAUGGAGGCGGAGCAUAAGGUGGCGCUGCGGCGAGUCUACGCUUCUGCACUGAGUCAGUACGUGGACAGGAUGGGCGUGGCCCUGUGCAGACACCUGCGGCGGCUGGAGCGGGUGGUGCUGGGAUACCUGGAGGUGUCUGACCCCCCUGAGGAGACCAGCAGGAUCCAGAUCCUGGAGGUUCUGCAGAAAACUGUAAAGGCAGCCUGGCCCAGGAUGGAGUCUCGCCUGGACGCGUUGCUGCGUUGCCUGUUGCGGUUGCUGGUUGACGUGUCCUCAGACUCUCAGCUCAGUGACCCGGUCAAACAGCGGCUGAUGAACCAAUCGGCUCGCAGCCUCCAGCUGUUGGACGCCUGUUCCCAGGGGACGCUCCGGUGUCGCCUCCUGCAGGUCGACGACACAUGCUGCAGCUCUGAUGUCCUCCGUUGCCUGGCGACCGUUACCGAGGCGGCCGGUGGGGCUGCGCCGGACGGUUCGGUGUGAAAAUGGAGGCGUGUGACGUAGAACUGUUGACGAACCGUGACUUUAAA